UUAUAUAUUUUUAAGUCAGUAUAUAUUUUAUUUCAAAACUAUUUUAUUUUAAUUGAUACACAUUUGUGAAAUUAAAAAUUGUUGAAUAUUCUCUAAGAAUAAUAUGUUACUCAAUAUAUUCAAAUUCAUAAUACUUUUAAUUCAAACUAUCAACCAAUCGAUUUGUGUAGAUCUAAAUAAUAUCACAUAUGAGGACAUAAAUACUCUUGAAAGGGAAUACCCAAAUUUUCAUCAUGUCUAUUUGGAACAACAUCCUCAUUAUAUAAAAUCACACGAUGGGGAAAACUUUUGUCCAGUGCCUUACAGUCACGCAGUAGAAGAAAAUGAAAUUCCUUAUGAAGGUAUAGAAAUAAUAAAUAGAAAAUUGAAGUAUGUGGUUAUGAACUGUGUGGACAAAGAAAAUUAUAAAUUGGCUUAUACAAUUUUUUUGAACGCUAUAGAAAGUAUGAUCUUUACAUUUAUGUAUCGGUUCUGCGAGUGUGCAAUAGAAAUGAAUAAAAGAGGUGCUGAAAUAUCAUUUAACUUAAAAGUAUUUAGUAAUAAACUUACUGUACUUAUACCGAUAAUUAAUAGAGAAUGGAUUUCUCCUGAACCGUAUGAAUGUAUUUUAGAUGUUUACAAAAAAUACGAAAAAAAAAAUAACAAAUACAAAUUUAAAAAAGAAAACGAAAACGAAGAUUACAGAAAUGAUUUAUUAGGCUGUAUGAAUUUAAUGAAAGAUAAAGUGCACUUUUUAAGAGAACCUGAUAAUUUAUCAACGAAUGAAAUGAAUGUAAACGAAUUGGAAGAAUACCUAAAUAAGAAUGAUAAUGUUAUAAAUUAUCAAUUGACUUUUACACAAUUUUCUCCUUAUUUUAAAUGUAUCACAGGAGAUAAAUAUCAAACCUCAUGUAUUACAUGUAACGGAGAACACAGUGAUAUUAGCAGUAUUUAUGUUUUUGCACCAUGUGGACAUGGCUGGCGCAGUAAAUAUUGUAAAAGCGAAUUGACUAAGUGUCCUGCAUGCCAUGAAGAGGUUACAAAUAAUCAACAUCUAAAUAUAGCAACUUUCGUAUCAAUAGUUACUAAAGAGUACAAUCCUUUACCGCCAAGAUGUAUCAUGGAUGAACGAAAAAUACGUUGUGUAUUGUGCCGUAAUCAAAUAAUAGAUGAUGUUCAUAAUUCAAAGAGACACAUAAUGAUACCAUGUGGUCAUGGUUGGUAUUGUAGUAAAUGCAUUAAGGAAAAAAAGUGUUCAUUAUGUUCCAAGAAAAAAACAAAUAAAUUGUGUGUAAAAUUGAAAAAACAAUAAAUAAUUUUAACAAU